UGAUUCUUCUCUUGUGACUUCCAGACAGAAGGACCGCCUGCUGACUUCCAGCCGAGUUAAAGACGCGGUGAUGACCGGUUGCUGUCGUGUUGUGCCAACGGACUGACCACCGGGAGCGGCAUGGCGUUGAGUUAACUACAGCCAGAGAGACUCGGGCCUUCCCUUCUUUUAAAGUGGACAUUUGCGAAAUAUUGAGGGUUGUUGCGCCAAGGAGGACCAAGUUGGCGCAUGGAGAGGGACGAAGUUUCAUUUGUGCGCAGCGUCGUUCCUUUGUUUGUGUCGCCACUGCGUGUGUGACGUCACACGGCCGAGUCACCGGAGUUCAGCGUUGCGGCCGAACAAGUCAAAGUUCCGGGCAGACGACGCCGCCCGUCGGUCGAGAUGGUGGACAGCAAGCCUCUUCUCCGGGACAGACCGCCCGCCUACGCCAGCGUCCCGGGGGCGUAUGAGUACGGCCCCCCGCCGCAGCCCGGCUACGGGGCCAUCCCCUCGCCGGCGCCGCCGCCGCCCUACCCGUACCCCGGCGGACAAGGGUUCCCACCCGCCCACAUGAACCCUGCCAUAGCUCAGCAGCCCUACGCUGGGACUUACACCAUCUUACAGCCGUCUGUGGUGGUGGUAGGGGGCUGCCCGGCCUGCAGAGUUGGUGUCCUGGAGGAUGACUUCACUUGCCUCGGGAUCCUGUGUGCCAUCUUCUUCUUCCCCCUCGGUCUCCUCUUCUGCUUCGCACUGCGUCAGAGAAGGUGUCCCAACUGCGGCGCCACCUUCGGCUAGAGGGACCAAACUGCACCUGCUCGUGCUCCCAUGCAUACACACACAUAAUCCAGCAUUUAUGUCUUUUAUUUUCUUUUCUUGUCUUAAUUUUGCUGUUGCCGUCAUGUACAACAAAUUAUCAAGAUAUUACCGUGAAUUAUGUUUUAUUUGAGGAAAAUCUAUUUACAUCUGCCAGUUGAGGAUAUAUUCUAUCUUAAUAAGUGUCCAGCUGUUGUCAGUGCCUUCACGACAUGCUGAGUGAUCAGUCAUGAUUCCUCCUGUAGAUCUAGCUCAGUUAUCAGAGGAUCUGAGCAGAUUCCUUCAUGUUUUUUUCAAGCCAGAAUGAACGAAAACACGUGCUUACCUUUUUGUUUUGGUUGGCACGCUGCGUACUGCAUAGGAUGCUUUGCUUUUUACAGAAAUGGAAACUUUUUUUAAAUGUUUGUUUUUGGCUGUGUCAAAGGAAAAAAAGCAUACUUCAUCAAAAAGAUGUAAAGCGAUGGACUCGUUUCAGACACAGCCUGCACCAUUAUGUCUGUUUGUCGAUACGAUUUCUAGGGGCCAUAUUUGCACUGAUAGUUUGACUAUUCUGCUGGGUUGUGCUUUUCCAGGGCCAAUGCAGACCUCAGGUACACACAAUCUGAAACGCCCUCCACUUUACAACCUCAAUCACUGUUUUACUUCGGACUUCUACCUACUUCGAGGACUCCUUUAAUCUGCAGAGUUUCACGUCGAGGAAGCAUGCUGAGUGAAAACUGAAGAAAUCUGUGUAACCUCUGGAUUUUUAUCUUAGUACUCUGACAAGUCACCCUGCCCCAUUCCUCCCAACCAGACAAUCAAGUAGAAGGUCUUUGUCCCUGUAUCUGCAGCGUGUCCGUGUCCACGUCUUCCAUCUCAGCCAGAUGUUCUAGAACCGUCUUUGGCAGGAGAGAGAACUGUGGAAGUGAUUUUAAAGAAAAUCUUGCUUUAGACAACACACUACGCACGCUCUUAUGAUUGAGGUUCUUACUUUUUAUAGAUCGGUUACUGUAAUUAAAAAUGAAUGCUACUCA